GUGAAACAUCCCUGUCAGGUCAGCAAACAAGCAGUCACUAUGAAGAGGUGUUUUGUGCUGCUGCUGCUGGCUCUACACGCUUAUACAGUGAGCGGCGUGUGUGAGUGCAACAGCGAUGGAGCCGAUGUGAUUGAACUUAGUCCUGAGACCAAUACACUGUUCAGUCAUACCAUCAAGUGUGAUGACGAAUCAUCCUUACCCCUUGCUUGUAACUUGACCAUAACAGGUGGAGCUGAUACAACCGUCGCAGUGGCGUUUCCAAGUACAAACCUUAAUGCUACGGACACUGACAACAACAUUGCUAAAUUACUUAAUGCUACCGGUAGUAAACUUGUAACAGUGACCACAACAGAGACUAAAGAAUUAACGUCAACGAAAUCUCAUAUAGCAACAGUUACAGCCGAUCUCACCAAAAAUGGGGAAGUAACAUUUCAAUAUAUUGCAGCAAUUGGCAGCGAUACAGAAAAAGCCUGCGGUACACCUGAUGAAUCCCGUUUAGAAGUGUUAACUCUGAACGAAGAUACCUGCAUUUCGUCCCCAAAUUUUCCAACUAAUUAUCCGCCGUC